AUGACGAUUCUAUUCAAGCUUAUCAAACAACCCCCAGAGAAUAAACUUACACUAACAAUUCCUCUAUCACAGCCACAGGACUAUCCUGUUUUACCAUCGUUUCAAGAAAUGAACUAUUUUUUCCCUGAAGAUGAAGAAAAAUACGAAGAUCAUGUGAACUCCAUCACAUCUGGUAAUAUUGACAUAGAUUUUAUUCGAAGAUUAGAAAUUUAUUUCACAGUCCAAAAAUAUAGUUCGCUUGAAAGCGCUAUAUUUAAUGUUCUUUAUUAUACAAGCCAAAAAUAUUUGUUUAUGAACUAUGAUUCUGAGAAUAGUAUGGUCUCAUGUGAAUGUGGGGCAAAAUAUUUCAUCAAAUACACUAGUCCAAAUACAUUCAAUGUUAUUAUUGAGUCAUCUCAUAAAAACGAGUGUCAAAAAAACUCAAGAAUCCCGACUAUAGUUUUAAAUUAUUGA